AAGUCGUCCUCAGAUUCUUUACUAAGUUUCUCUCCCUUUAUCUCUCUGAACAGCCUGAGACUAGCCAUUUCCACUCUUCUUCUUCUUCCAAUUUCCACGAUGCCGAUCCGAAGAAAACUUGAGGAAGCUGUGCCAAUUCUGCUUCCCCUUCUGGAUGAAAUGAUGAAAGGUCUCAACAAGGAAGACCCUGCGUUUGUUAGAUUGGAAGAGAUCAGAGGGUACUUUGAGGGGAAGAAAGUUUUGUUCCCUAAUCUCAAGACCGUGGAAGACGAGCUCCUGCAGAAAUUCACUGUACUUGAAGAAGAAAUCGACAACUCUAAGUAUACUAAUACUGAUGCCCCCCAAGGCACUCCCAGACAUUCUUCCGUGAGGCUUGAUUCCAUUGUAAACAUAUUCAACAGCAUAGCCGAUCUUAUUAAAAAAUUCCAAUCCUUGCAGAUAGAAAGCACGGACACGUCCCGAAAAGAAGCCGAGUCAGCGGCCCAUGAGGCGGAGAUUUCAGAAGAAUGGUCUGCAUUAAAGAUGAAGCUCUGCCUGCUAUGUUUCUCCAUAUUUCCGGCCAAUUCGGUAAUAAAAAAGAGGCCCUUGGUUUAUUGGUGGAUUGGGGAGGGUUUGGUGGCCAAAACCAAGGACAAGACUGCAAUGGAAGAGGGAGAUAGAAUCUUUGGAGAGCUGAUCAACAAGGGCUUUCUAAUUGCACAAUACAAGCCACGCGACGAAGGCCAAGACAAGAAUCCCAUUGUGGAUAGCUGUAAAAUGCACUCUUGGAUUCGCCUUAUGUUGAUCAGGAUUGCUAGAGAUGCUGAGUUGUUUGAUUCUGAUGCCCCUGGCCCAGGCCCAGGCACCAGAUCACGCAGCAUGUGUUUGGUUCCUCCGACCUACAAUGUUUCUGCAGGGGGUCCUCCACAACAACCAGCUAAUCCAGCCACAGUCACAGAAGCAGGAGCGGGUCCUGAUACAAGUCGUUUAUUGACUUUGUUCAAUGUGAAUGAGCAAUAUCUCAAUAUCCCCCAUGACUGGUUUUCAAAGGAGAACAAAAUUGUGGUUCUUCAGCUUGGGAGGUGGAGGGAUUCAGCCAAGCACCACAAUGAAGUAGAAAAUGAAGACCACAAAGAAGUUGAAAAUGAAGACCACAUAGAAGUCGAAAAUGAAGACUUCUUGAAAGCUUUGGGGACCAAGAAGCACUUGAAGUAUCUCAGCCUGCGAGGAAUUUCAAGAAUCACUGAAAUACCUUCCACAAUCCGUAAACUCAUUAAUCUUGAAAUACUGGAUCUCAGGGCAUGUCACAAUCUGGAGAAACUACCAUCUGACAUUUCACCUUUGAAGAAGCUGACGCAUUUAGAUAUAUCAGAGUGCUACUUGCUAGAGAGCAUGCCCAAGGGCCUGGACAAGCUGAGUUCCCUCCAAGUGCUCAAGGGUUUUGUGGUAGCAACUUCAAGAAAGGGUCCUGGCAGGCUUGGAGAUGUUGCUGGCCUGAAGAAACUUAGAAAGCUGAGUAUAUAUAUCCCAAGUGACGCUUACAUUGAAGAGGCAGAGCUUAGUAAGUUGAAGGAGGUUUCAGCUCUUCGCAUUCUAUCAAUAACAUGGGGAGGAGGACGAGGAGGAGGAGGAAGAGUGCAGGCUGAAACUGAACCAUCAGGAAAGCCAACAACCAUAGAUAGGAAAAAAUCUUUCGCCUCAAAAAAGGACCGUCACCAAGUGCAGAGGACAGACAUAAAGACGAUGGGGUCCUUAUCCUUUCCUCAAAAGUUAGAGAAACUGGAUCUUUGGUGUAUCCCUUGUGAAACCAAGCCAGCUUGGUUAAAUCCUGAUGAGUUAAAGAGUUUAAAAAAGCUCUACAUUAGGGGAGGAAAGCUUCAUAGUUUGGGUUUUGAGGGGAAUAACAAGAAGUGGAAUGUUCGGAUUUUGCGUUUGAAAUAUCUACAUGAUUUGCAUGUAGAUGAGGAACAAUUGCGGGGUGACUUCCCACGCCUCAUUCACUUGGAGAUAAAAGAUAAAAUCAUGGAAGGCAAAGGGGAGGAUGAGCAUGGAGGCAGCAGCCAGCAGCAGCAGGACCAGGUCCUGAACAACUGAUCAGCAUUUUCUCCAGCUACUUCAAAAUUCUUGGUGAUUUUGCUUUGCAUGAAAUGGCUUUGAAUCAUGUAUAGAUCGAUAUGAGAAUUGUCAUAGGAAAAAAGCAUUACAUAUGAAACGAACUGUUCUGUGAGGAGUAUGGGUUUAACUAAGUGAAUCUUCAACCCUAACACAGCCAUGUGGGGUGUUGUCAGUCUUGUUAUGCAUGGGAAAUGAAUGUGAAAGAAAAGCCCCUCAGCUGGGAUUAUAUAUAUUUGAUUCUAGUAGUUGGAACUGUAAAUUUCUAAAAUUACUCAACUGCCUUGCAAGUUGCAAGUGUGUGUAUGAUUUAGCUUGACCACUUUCUUUAGAA